UAAUCAAUUUCUCAUACAGCAAUUGUACAUCAUCUCUUGAUGUAGGUAGUACGUUGAAACCAUACGCAGGUAAAAACAACAAUGUUAAGCUACAAACAAGAAGUUUAAAGUAUGUCAGCCUGCUGCCGUCAGUCAAUACUUGACUGAAAAUGAGCAAAUUUCUAUUCCAAGAACGCUUGUUUUUCUUAAGGAUUUUUUUGUGUUAAAAUCAAGGAAAUCCAAAAGCUACGAAAAUAAGAUUGAAAUUUGACUGUUAAUUUCACUCUUAGUUUAAUUCUGCUAUCAACCCAUUAUUAAGCGACCCAAUCGUUCCUUUUGUAAAAGGAUUAAUUUCAUUACAUCAGCUUAUGGACGUGAUGUAUGGUGGAGUAAUUAUUUUCCGGCAGACGAACAAGUGAAUAGAGUGGAAACGCUGAGAGUAUUGACAAAAACCGCGAGGAGAGGAAGCGACGAGAGACAAACGCUCACCAGACGCAGAUCUCAUUACCAGCAGUCCACGUCAACAGAAGCGGUGACCAAACUGACAAGAGGUUAGUAAAAACAGUAUCUAAUCAUAUCAUUUUUUUUUAUUUUCUUACUUUUUCAUUUUUGAGAAUCUUUAGUGAAUCUGUUUUGGGUUGAAUUUUUAAAAAAAAAUAUUUUUCAUCUCAAAGUUCUUGUCAUUCACUAAUAAAAAUAUUUCAAACAAUUAAAACAGUAUGUUGAAUCGAAAAAAAUAUUAUUAUUAUUCUUUUAAAAUUAAGACGCAGUUCCGUUCUUAUGAAUCUCGCAUUCGUAGUCACAUUGAAACAAAUUAUAUGGUGCUUACAGAAUCAUAACCAGAAUCUGAAAUAUAUUCAAUAUUUUUGAAGAAUGGAUUGUAAAAUACAGCGUGUACAAAAAUAUGUUUCUGAAUUCUUGAUAGUACAUGUAGCAGAAGUCAGAGUUUGAAACUUGAGAAAUAGCACUAUAAACCGAAUUGUAUAAUCAUACCUAUAUAAAAGAAAAUUGCGGGGAAAAACAAUAUCUUUAUUAUAACUGUUCCUGCAUCAAGCGUUAUUUUUCAUAAAGUGGCAAAACUGUUAAUUAACUCAAUUAGACUAAUUGUCUUAUCGCUCGAUUUUCUUACUGGGUGAUAUCUGUGUCGAAUUAUACACCACCACGUGGAGAAGUAUCUUUAUAAACAAAUACAAAGUUCAAAUCCCUGUUCAGGUGUUUCUUUAAUGGCUGGAAAAUUAAUGAUCUCGUGUAUAACAUUAGACAAAAAGGAAGGAAGUGCUUUGAUAUCCGGGUGAUUAAUUCAUAUGAUAUGUUCAUUGUGAUGUUUAUUUGAUGGCUUGAUUAAAAUAGUAUGUUGAAUUGCCAAUGGAGGAUAUAUUUCUUUUCUGAUGUCAAAAGAAAAAAAGAAAGGAAAUAAAUAAAAGUAAAUAAAAUCAAUACCAAAGGAAAUUGAUUUUUAAAAAAUGAGAGCAUUCUAGGUAAAAGAAUUUCACGUCUUUGAGAAUGAAUAUUGCUUUAAACAUGCUGAUUGAUUGUUACACAAGUUUGGCAAACAAUAAUCGACAUCCCUGAUCUACACUAUAAUAUACGCUCACCCUAGGGUAUUUUGUUAAAGGCUAUAAUAUAUUAAGUUCUUUUUUAUUUGUCCUUUCUCCAGCAGAUCUCGUUGACAGGGAAUCUUGUUUUUUAUUCGAUGGAAACAGAAUAUGUUAUUAAACAGAAAUAAGAGUUACUGGAUUGAGUUUAAGGACGCUUUCUACAAAUAAAUCGAACUUCUCUGCUUUUAAAUAUUUCUGCACACAAUGUGAAUAAAUAUGAAAAACGUGUUCACUGGUUCUUUGUUUUCAGAGCUUUUCCUUAUAGAGACACACUGUAAUCUCUUGAACUCUUUUCAUAUAUUGAUUAAAAAAUUGUUCGAAGUGCAUCAUGUUUUUCAGUAAGUAUUAAUAAAUAAUCUAUAGUAAGGAAAUUUUCAAAAUGGCCCAAUUUUGUCAAAAAAUGUAAAAAGAAAAUGGAUUUAUUCAAAAGGAUACAGAAAAAUUUGUAGCAGGUGUCUUCAUAUCUGCAGUUGUCCAGCUUAUAGCUAAGAUGAUUGGUUGCAUAUUGUUUAACGUCCCGCUCGAGAUUUUUUUCACUCCUAUGGAGACGUCACCAUUUCUGUUGAAGGGCUGCGAAAUUUAAGCCUAUGCUCGGCGCUUACAGCCUUUGAGCUGGAAGGGAUUUUAUCGUACCACACCUGCUGUGACACGGGACCUCGGGUUUUGCGGUCUCAUCCGAAAUACCGCCCCCAUUCAGUCGCCUCUUGCGACAAGGUAGGGGUACUGGGACAUAUUCUAACCCGGAUCCCCACGGGAACCUAUGAGAUUCCUCAUUAUAGUAACAGUAUUUCUUACAUCGUAAAAGAUAUUUACAUUGUUUGUUAUUUACCGAUUACGAAACUGAGAAAUAUGCACCAGAACGCUUCAGCAUUAGACUAAAUUACAACAGUUGAAUUGUUUAUUACCAAGAACCAUACAGUUCAUAGGUUUAACGUUUUUACAUAGAAUAAAUAAACAUGAAUAUAAACAAAGGAUAUACUUAAAGUUAAUAUAAUGCAGGAUAGGUAAAUGGACACAAUUCAUUCAAUGUAUAUAUAGAUAGUUGAUGUGUGUGAGAUAGUAAGUGUAGUUUGUAACAAUGAAUAUGAAAUAUACUAUUGUAAAAAAGAGGAGUACGUGUGUACCUAACAAAGUUUUUAGAAACUGAUAACCGUUUGUUAGAAGGUGGCAAUCUGAUUUGCUUCAUCGUUUAUAGGUCUACACUAAUAAACAAGAAGGGUGACAAACUCGAUAAAGGGAGAUAAUUUCUAUUUAUUGCGUAUUACAUGACUGUAUCAUUGUAAGAAGAGCGACUUGUCUCAAUAGUAAUUCGAUCAAUUUGUAGCAGUAACGAGUCGAUGGUUAGUAAUCCUCUCACGCCUGUGGGGGGUAAGCAUGCAGUGACUUAGAUAGACACUGAGGGCGAUGAAUAUUUUCAUUAGAUUAAAAUUGAGGAUGCAGAACUAUCGCUACUACACGAUGCGCGUGGCCUCUCGAUAAGACCUGUAGGGUAUAUUAAUAGCGAUUUUCUGUUAUAUCAGUGCAGGGUGUGGCGAACGAUGUUAUUUCAGAAGAAAAAUCCAGGAUACCGUCAAAAAUUUUCAGAAAUGUUUUUUAAAGACAAGAUGGAUUUCACUGAUCUCAAUCCAACAUAAAGGGGCAGGUGGUUCAUUGAAAUGAGCUACGGAGGAAAUGAUUUAGAAAUUGGCUCUCGUCUUAUUAAACAGAGACGAUUAGGAGAAGUUCUGAGAUAAGAAAUUUUGGUAUUUGUAGUUUUAAAUACUGUUACGCGGGUAAAAUGAGUGCACUAAACCUCGCCUUCAGUCAGCGGCCCCUACGGCGUGAGAUAAAAUCUCAGUUACACCCGUCUGAUAAAAGACUUCCGCUUACAGCCUGUCCCCCGCAAUUUGAAAUGCAUGUUCUUUAUAUACGUGAUUUUAUGUAAAUAAACAAGUUUUAAUGUGGCAGGUGUCAAACAAUAAGCUGUUACGGAUUGCAUGAUUACUGACAACGUUCAUCUAAGUUAUCUGACAGCAUUUCUAUACAGUUCUUGGACACCAAAUGUUGUUGAGUUGCCUAAAAAGGUAUCCUUGAUAGAAUGUGUGUAAUGUUGUAGAAAGCUAAUUUACUUUCUUCAUUAGGGGGGAAUUGUACUCUUUUGAUUACUUACCUAUUAUAUAAAGACAAUCUCGUGAUAAUAACAAUAACGAAAAUUGGUAUUUAACAAAAAAUAAGCAAAUCACAGAAUUAAAUUGUAAAACUGGAGGAAUUUCUUUUCUCUAGAGACUGUAUCAGUGAGGAUUCCCGUCUAUUCUUAUGAUAUUGGCUAAGCCUAAAAUAUUUAACAUAGGUGAUGACUGUUUCUUCGUCAAGUGCCAGGCAUUAGACAUGAAAGUCACGGGUCUUUCGGAUGUGGCGUACAAAACGAUGGUCACAUGUCACUGUAAGCAUUGUGACGUUGAAGAACCAUCACAGCUACGGUCUAAACACCAUGCGUAGGUCAAACGCUGCUGUGCAUACAGCUGGUGUCGCCUUCCUACUGAGUGAAACAUUCUCAAAGGGGCAUAAAACAACAAACAAAGGAAUAAAACACGUGUGACUUAAACAGGAAUCACAUUGAUGAGGAGCGUCUUCACGUUUCAGGAUUCACAUUGAUGAGGAAGAUACGUGAUGCAUCGAGAGUUGGUUGUUGGAGAUGAAGUCGAUAACAUUACACACGUGUAAUAACGAUCCAGUACAAAACUUCCUGUCCAGAUAACGACAUCAACUUCUUUCACGUUUGAUCUUUAAUGACAGAAGGACAGUAGUCCACACUAGUUAAGCCUCAUUAUUCUCACAGAGAACUCAUUAGAUACGGCCAAACUUUAUUGUAGGACGUACAUAUCGUUUAUUUCAGACCUUCUCACCUCUCAAAUCUUUACUCUGUGUGAUUUACAAUUGUCAACUAAUUACCUACUCACAAUUCCUACUCACAAUGCCCCUAUUGAGCAGGGAUGAGACUAUUCCAUGUUGUAUUGACAUGCAUAUAAAAAGAAUGUGGGCGAAUAAGAUAUGAUUUCUGCAGGAAUCUGGGCGCAUAGAUCAAUUUUCUCCAACUUUCGUAGAAUUUGAUAAGUGUAGACUUGUGAUACACGAUUGAAAUAAAGGACACAUAAUUUUUAUUUCCAUGGUAACAUAUGGCAUUUUUACCCCACCCUACUCCACCCCCCAAAGAAGUUGCUGAUAUAUUUACAAUUCAAGAUGUACACACUGCCAAGACCUCCUUAAGAAUUCUGUUGAUCUAAAUUAAACAUUAAGAUUUUGCAGUUUUCUGAAUAAUCAAAUCCUCUGGUCAACAGACAGUGUCUUAAAUCCCAUUUUAUUAUGGGUCCCGAAUGAUUACACUGGUAAGAAAACCAUUACCUAAUCUUACGGGUGUGUCAUUGCGGGUUCGAAUUUUCAUUUAUACUGAUUAGUGUUUUUGGCAUUGUUUUUCAUACGAAAAAUUGACUGAACUUCUUUUUAAAGAUAAUGCUUUUAAUACUUUUGUAGAAUGAAGAUUACAUCGUUGCGGAGAGGUAAUUUACAUGUUCUCUGCAAAAUGUGAUAGCAUAAAAAUAUCUCGGUACUUUUGAUCCCUGCUAGAUCUAGUCUUAAACGACCCACAUUUUUGACAAUACUUACAAACCUCCUACAUGAAGGGAAAAGCCACAUUAUAGCAUAAACAUGUGUUCAAUUUCAACGAUACUCAUGGGAGUCCGUAAACAGUAGGAUUACAAACGCAUUCAAUUUUGAUAAUGCUCAUAAAGUCCUCAUACAACACGUCACUGCAUAAAACUAUUUUUAGAUUUUAUAGUACCCAAAUGUCCUUACAUCCGGGGCACAGCAGGGUCACUGAAUCCUAUCAAACAUGUGUUUGAUUUUUAUGUUCAUGUUAUAUCUUAUACCGGUAGUACUAUUGUAGUGCGCCAGUCAUCAAUUAAUGAUUAUUAUGAAUGUGACAAACAGGGACGGCACGACACCCCAUAUGUUCACUAGUUCACGCUGUCGAUAGAGUCUUGUUACGCACAUCAGCAUCCCGCUAUCUUGCAGUUCGUGUAAUGUAUAAUUCCUGUUUUUCUCCGGAUCUCAUCUUCAAAUCGUGAAGGUCCAUUAAAGACAACUCGGUCAUGAGCGGAAAUACGACAUUCGCUGCACAAACGGCGCAAAGCGACUGCACGUAAACGAAGAUCAAAACGAGAUCGGCAAUUGACUACAAAAACACUGUGUAUCUGAUAACAUUAACAUUAAACAAUUGACAGACAUCUGAUUGGCUUUUCAUUGUGAAGUCCUCGAGAUGAAUUUCAGUGACACGGGGAACUGGUCUUCGUCCCAUGCACCCUGGGAGAUCACGGGUUUCAGCCGGACGACGGACGGGAUAAACAUGUCCGCCCAGAACCUGUCGGACGAACAGUACCUCCUGAAAAUCAUGGGACCCAAAAGGAAAGACAUGCUAUCUGCCGUGUGCCUUCUGGCGAUCUAUAGCUUCAUCUUUGUGACAGGAGUCGUUGGAAACGUGUGCACGGCCAUCGUAAUUGUCCGGAACAGAUACAUGCAAACUACCACGGAUUACUAUCUCUGUAGUUUAGCCAUUUCGGACAUCCUCAUCUUAGUCUCAUGUUUACCAUUUGAAGCUUACUCCAUCUGGCAGGCCUAUCCAUUUAGUUUUGGUGAGGUGUGUUGCAUUGGAAAAGCUUUACUAACAGAAAUGACGUCAUAUGCUUCAGUGCUCACUAUCACGGCGUUUACGGUAGAACGUUACAUCGCUAUUUGCCAUCCGUUAAUGUCACACAAAAUAGCGGAUCUCAGGCGAUCCAUUAGGAUUAUUGUUGGUAUCUGGACUGUUUCCUUCCUGAUCGCCCUACCGUACCCAAUCCACACCCGGACUAUGUUCUACGCAAACAGUCCUUCGACAGGAAAGCCGCUGCAGGAGUCGCUUGUGUGUAAUAUUCCACCGAAGUGGAUCUUCGAAAUGACAAUUAUGUUCCAAAUAUCAACAUUCCUGUUUUUCAUUGUCCCUAUGACUGCUAUCAUUAUUUUGUAUGUGUUAAUCGCGAUCACUUUACGACGAUCAGCAUUAAACAGAGCAAAUUCGGAAGAAUCCUCCGGUGGACACCAUUCUUCGCAUUCCAGAAGAGUUGUUCGUAUGUUAGUUGCUGUGGUUUUUGCGUUCUUCUUCUGCUGGGCCCCAUUCCACACACAACGACUGUACACUAUCUACCACACAUCAAUCUGGACACCGCUGGAGCUAGAAGUGCAGAGUCACCUCUUCUUCAUCUCAGGGGUGCUAUAUUUUGUGGGAUCUACUGUUAACCCUUUCCUGUACAACGUAAUGUCCAAGCGAUAUCGAGAAGCCUUCAAAGAAACCCUGUGUUGUUGUCUGGGUCACAGAAAAUCAAAAUAUCAACGUAGUCUUGUCUACUAUUAUAACAACAUGAAGAGUACGGUUAGGAGUCAUUCCUCGCCAGAAGAAGCAGAAGAAAAGCAAUGUGAACAAACUAAUUUAAACAAUAGUAAUUCACUAUCCAGGAACUCAAAGAAAGAAUCAAGAUAUCCUUUGAAAACUAGGUUUUUUUCUUCCAAUGCUGACAAAGCAAGUGAUUCCCAGGAAAUUAGACAUAAAAUUUCCCGUGGCGGCACAUACGUUGAUAAUGAAUAUCACUCAGAUAACGAAGAUGUUAAGCUUCUUACAUAUUUACCAUUAAACAAAGCUGAAAAUGUGGAAAUGAUAGUGCAAACGAAAUCGAAUAUCUUCACGUCCAAAUCAUAACGGUAACAUUCUUUCAUUUACAACAACUGAACCACUAUUCCGAUAAUUCUUACUGUUGUUUUUGCUGACAACCUUGCUGAAUUUUGCAUUUUUUCUGUGGUUUACGUAUCGUUGCAAUUAAAAAUUUGACACUUCCAA